CAAUCCUCAAGUGAUGUUCAAGCAGAAUCUAAAGAGCGACGCAUGGUGUUUGAUUGGUCAAAGUGUCUUUUCUGCAAAAAUGCAACAAAAAAAAAGGACCGACAGCUAAUAAACAUCGCCACCUUUGAAGCAUGCAACAGUAUAAAGGAAUCUGCAGAGGCAAGAGGAGACCAUAAACUGUUAGCCAUACGUCGGUCGGUUAGCUAUGAUCUUAUUGCAGCGGAGGGAAAAUACCACAAAGCGUGUCAUGCCUGCUAUAUCAGCAAGGUUAAUAUCAAGCGGAAACAGAACGUCGUUACAUCCACAAGAGAGGAAAGCACUUUGAUCAAGCCUUCAAUCAGUUACUGGAGGUUAUAACCCCCGAAAUUGAGGAAGGAAAAGCCUACGACAUGAAUGUUUUACUGGCAAUGUUCAAGAAGGAGCUGGAAAAGAUAGGAAUUGAUGCAGGUAGCUACACAAAGCAGAAGCUGAAAGCACGAUUGAUGGCUCAUUUUAAGGAACGUCUUGUUUUCCAUCAGUCACCUCAACAAUCCAGACCGGAAAUUGUUUUAAGCAGCUCCAUCUCCUUAAUUGAUAUCAUAAAUGCAGCGAGCACUUGUCCAUUACGUGACGAAACAAACUCUAUCAGCAUGGAUAAGCCAGAGUCAGAAACUUUCAGUUUCCUAGACGUCUACACUAUAGCUUCCAUUAUCAGGCGGGAGAUGCUGAGAUGUGAGGGCAUUAACAUCAACCCACUUGACAUCCGAGAUUUACACUUGGAUACUGCAAAAUCUCUUCUUCCCAAGAGCCUUUAUUGGCUUAUCAGGUGGAUUGUUACUGGAGAACAGUACAGCGACGACUCACCUUCUAGUGCAAGGAGUACAAUCGAUGAGCGGAAGAUUGUAAUGGCUGGGCAGGAUCUUAUUCAUUGUGCAUCACAUGCCAGAGUAAAGCUGCCCAAGCACGUAGGUCUCGUUAUGACCGUCAAGCACUUAACCGGUUCCAAACAACUGAUAACACUUUUAAACAGAAUGGGUUACUGUUCUUCCUAUGAAGAGAUCGAACAAGUGGAGACCAGCUUGGCAAAUGAAAGCUUAGCGAGAGCACGUGCCAGUGGUGUUGUGAUCCCUAGUAACAUAAGACCUGGUGCAUUCAUUCAGUUGGCGGCUGAUAACAACGAUAUUAAUGAAGAAACCAUCGACGGCAAGAACACAACGCAUGUAACAACACUUGCUAUAUAUCAGCCAAAGCAGUACGGUCCUCUGCCAGAACGGAUUGUGCUUGCUGACCACUCCAAGAAGAAGCGAUCACUGGAUUCUGCUCAAAAUGUAGUUGCCAUGGAGGAAGUUAGUUUCGGAGGCAGACGUCCUACUCUAACUAAUUUUGUUGGGAACGAUGUUAUUACCUGGUUUCAGUGCGACCAACAGUUUCUAUCUGUCCGAAUGGAUGACCUUUGCUGGAUGUUACUUCGUCUUUCUGAUCCUCUCAUGGCAUCUAAUCAACAGUCUCCAGAGGAACAGACGAUACCUGGUUGGAGUGGGUUCAAUGCCAUCACACGCCCCACCAUUCCUGUGAAGACCAACAUCGGCUAUCACCCAAUGAUCCAUGCAGAGUCUAGCAACUUUAGCACUCUUUACACUCUGAUGAAACUGGCCCAAAAGAUAUGCGACACAAUGAGACAGCACGAUUCUGUAAUUACCUUUGAUCUUGCCCUCUACGCAAAAGCCAAGCAGCUACAAAUGAAAUACCCAGAGGAGUUUAAAAACACUGUGAUCAGAAUGGGAGGGUUCCACAUUGCCCUUAACUUUCUCUAUCUGCUUGGAAAGAAGUAUGCACAGUCAGGCUUGGAAGACUUACUGAUUGAGUCGGGGGUUUAUGCAGCUGGUACUACCUCAGUUUUGAUGCUUGGCAAGUCAUAUAACAGAGGUAUUCAUGCCCACAAGUUAAACAUGGAGGCGCUCUUCAGGUUGUUGUGGAAAGCCUUCCUAGACUGGCUGUCAAGACAAGCAGUUGGUAUGGAUGACCGAGUCAGACAGAGUGUUGCUGACCAAAGCAGGGAGUGUCGGAAUACAGUGAGACAGGAUUGCUUCGUUAACGAUGCCUGGAAAGCAUUUCAAGGUUGUGUCAAUCCUCUCAUGACACUGUUUGAGCGGUUCAAAUCUGAAGGCAGAGAGAAGUCCAAAGUUUUUAGUUUCUGGGAAGGAUACAUCAAUAUGGUGCUGCUGCUUCUGCAGUUCGUUAAAGCUGAA